AAAUCACUUUCAGCAGUUAUGACGACGCCUCCUUAUCCAAGGGUAUAGAAGCCCCAAGCCCGUCACAGCAGCACGCAACCGCCUGGUCACACUAUAUAAAACCCCCCUCCCCCCACUAUAAAAGCUGCUGCAAAUUUGUCUCACACACCACAUAUACACAUAUCAUAUUACUAGUAAUAAUAUUCUGUGUGCACUUGUUUGGAGAAUUUCGGAGAUGAAAAUCUUCGUUAAAACCUUGAAGGGCACUAACUUCGAGAUCCAAGUCAAACCUGAUGACACCAUUUCUGAUGUGAAGAGUAUUAUAGAGGCGAAACAGGGUAAGGAUGUUUACCCUGCUGCACAACAGAUGCUUAUCCACAAGGGGAAAGUACUUAACAAUGCAAGCACAAUCGAGGAGAAUCAAGUUACUGAAAAUAGUUCCGUCGUUAUUAUGCUCUCAAAGGCAAAGAUUUCAUCAAGUGGCGCAUCAACUACAUCAGCCGCACCUUCAAGCACGGUUCAACCAGCAAAUCCCUCACCUGCUGCAGUGUCUGUAACAUCAUCUCAAACGCCUGCACCAACUACGCUCGGACAAUCUGCAUCUGCAACUCCUCUCAUUCCUGCCCCAAGUUCUAUUCCUGCUUCAUCAGAUUCAGAUGUAUAUGGCCAUGCAGCAUCAAACCUUGUAGCUGGAGGUAACUUAGAAUCUACUAUUCAACAUAUUCUUGAUAUGGGUGGAGGGAUCUGGGUUCGUGAUACAGUUCUUCGUGCCCUGCGUGCCGCCUUUAACAAUCCAGAGAGAGCUAUUGAAUACCUGUAUUCAGGCAUUCCUGAGCUAGCUGUAGCUCCUGUUGUUGCUCAAGCACCUGCUGGCGGUCAAACUAUAAACCCUCCGUCACAGGCACCACAAGCCCCAGGUCCUCAAGUUGGCCCUAAUGCAAAUCCUCUGAAUCUGUUCCCACAGGGACUUCCAAAUAUGGGUUCAAAUGCAAAUGCAGGAAACUUGGAAUUUUUACGUAACAGCCCACAGUUCCAGGCCUUACGAACAAUGGUUCAGACUAAUCCCCAGAUCUUGCAGCCUAUGCUUCAGGAGUUGGGGAAGCAAAACCCAAACCUGAUGCGACUCAUUCAGAACCGCCAGGCUGACUUUCUAGACUUGAUAAAUGAACCUGUUGAAGGGGGGGAAGGGAACAUUCUGGGGCAGCUGGGUGGAGCAGCACCACAAGCUCUCUCUGUUACACCUGAAGAGCGAGAUGCCAUUGAACGUCUUGAAGCAAUGGGUUUCAAUCGAGCUGUUGUAUUGCAAGUAUUCAUCGCAUGCAACAAAAAUGAGGAGUUGGCUGCCAACUAUCUUCUAGAUCAUGGUCAUGAGUUUGAUGAUGAUGUAGCUAACUAAAGUUUUUUUUUAAUCCAAUAUAAAAAUUGUGAUGCUGACUUGGUUUUAUUCCCUUUAAAGUGGGUAAGGUCUUGAUACAGCCAAAUAGUAUCUAGAGUCGCAGCUGUUUCUAUUACAUCUUGGAAAAUUCUUAUUAAGAUUUUUUCAUAGUAAUUCUCUUUGCAGCUUUUUCA